CGCUGAUUUUGAGCGUUUUAAGUGUCACAUUAUAGGACAAAAAGUGAAUAAUUUUUUUUAGUAUAUUUAAUAAUUUGUUAAUCUGUUUAGCAAUCUUUUCCCUAUCGACAGUAGUAGUAACACACAAACAACACGACUGGAUAGAGCAGAUAUAUAUUAGUUAACUAAUGUGCAUCUUAAUUUCUUGUUUAAAAAAAAAAAACAACAACAACAACAUUUAUUUGGCAUCUCAAUUCAAUAACAUUGGAUGUGUGUGAAUAAAAAAUAAUAAUAGUUGCUACCGAACAAAAAAAAAUGGUAUAGACAUCAACGUUGUAUAAACGUCAGAAAUUGAACCAGAAUUGCCAAAAUUCCAUUGUAUUCUGGAUAACACAGAUAUUAUAUUCUGGAAAAAAAGCCUCGAAAAUCGCUACUAUGAGUAAUUGUAGAGUUUGUGGUUCUGAAGGCAAUUUGCGUCGUUGUUCAAAAUGUAAAAUAGCAUAUUAUUGUUCACAAGUGCACCAGCAAAGUGAUUGGCGUGUCCAUAAAAUCGAAUGUAAAAAAUUCUCCAACAACACAUCGUCCACAAAUAAUAAUUCGAGCACUGGCAGUUUAUUCGACAGCCUGGAUUCGUAUCGAGAAAACGAUCACAUUAGUUUGUGGUCAAAUUUAAAUCCAACCAGUUCACAUUCACCAUCACCGUCAUUGUUAAGUGAAUCUGGACAUGAUGGAUAUUUAAGUGAAAACAGCAGUGACGUCUCUCAUUAUUUAUCCGAAACAAAUUCAUAUUUUGCCAAAGACGAAGAAAGUGAAAAAAGUCAAAGGCAUUUCAGCACACUGUCGGACAAUACAAUGCAAAUCUGUGAUGAUAGUUUACUGAAUUCACAUCUACUGGCAAGUGAAUCACGUAACGAGGAUUUAUGUAAACAAAUUAUAAAUGACAUGAACGUUUAUGGAUUAUCUGUCAUUGACGAUUUUCUGGGCAAGCAAAAGGGAAUGGAAAUACUGAACGAAGUGCAUUCCAUGUAUUCGGCUGGUGUGUUUCAGAACGGACAAAUUGUAUCCAGUACACUUGCUGAAAGAGAUCUUCAAACGAUUCGUAGCGAUAAAAUCACAUGGGUAAAAGGAACGGAAUCUGGCUGUAUCAAUAUUGGAUUUUUAAUAAACCAAAUAGAUAGCGUUGUGAUAUCAGCUAAUAAGAUGCAUAAUAAUGGAAUUCUAGGAAAUUAUAAAAUUAGAGAAAGAACAAAAGCAAUGGUGGCAUGUUAUCCAGGCUCAGGCGCCCACUAUCUCAUGCAUGUCGACAAUCCGAACAAAGAUGGGCGUGUUAUUACCGCAAUUUAUUAUUUAAAUUUGAAUUGGGAAACGAAAAGAAGCGGUGGAAUACUGAGAAUCUUCCCGGAACAUGGUGACACCGUUGCAGACAUUGAACCGAAAUUCGAUCGAAUUAUAUUCUUUUGGUCGGAUCGUCGAAAUCCGCAUGAGGUGCAGCCGGCGCAUCGGACCCGGUAUGCCAUUACGGUGUGGUAUUUUGAUGCUGAAGAACGGGCAAUGGCUAGAAAUCGAUAUCGCCAAUAUCCGCAGAAAGUGACAUAGCAUUGCGGUGAACCAUUUUGUUUGUAAAAUUGUUGCCUUUCAAUUUGCUACACCACAUCCAUUUGUAUAUAUAAAUCUGUUUUGUUAUGUGCUGUGCAUUUUUUCUUUUUCUUUUUGAAACACGACAACAUACCAAAAAAA